UUUUUGAGGUUGUCUUGUACGAUCUUACACCAGAAUCGAGAAGUUGGCAGGAUGGAGCUUUGGUUGUGCCGCUGUUGACAAUUAGCCCCUACAAGCGUCACCCACUGCGGGAUUUUCCCGCGCCGAACGAGGAACCGUGGUUUUGUGCAAAAAUGCGUCGCAUGUUGCAGUUUGCGACGAAGCGUCGAUUUGUUGAACCGGAAAUAACGUGGCGUAAUGGCCUGCUGGUCGUCUCCAGUAUUUUAGGGGGGAGGCGAUAUACAAUUUUUGACUUUGGUGUCGCCUUUCGCGACCCCGACAAGAGGAUUAAAAAGGGAGAGGAAUCCGCAGUCGCGUACUCGGCAACACAAAAGGAAUACCGUCAAUGUACUUCGGGUCUGAUGCUGUCACUUCCAACGGGCGGGGAAAAUGUGGUGGCCCUCCCGCGUCACUUUCCACUGCUACUGCGAUGGGAAUUUUUGUCACUCAUGGUUCUUGUGGUGCGAUGUUUGGGUAUUUUUUUUGCUGCUGUUUCCAUUACACUGAUGAUGCUGCGGAUCGAUGAGUACAUUAGCAUACCGCACUGGAGUGUGCUGCUUCUCUAUUCUCCCUUUGCAUUGAAUGUUGUGGUGAGCGACAUCCUUUUGUACGACCCGUAUUAUGUUAAAGGCUGCGGUGUGCCUUUCUACACACGUAUCCUCUCAAAUUUACUGAUGUUUGUGGUGUUCCCUAUUCUUUUUACAGUCAGGCGUGAUGCAUACGACAGAUUUCACCCUUCUUGGGUUCUGCUGACUAUUCCGCUUGAUGUCUCUAUUGCCCUUGCGUCUGUGCCCUCCCUGUACAUCGCUGCCCGUCAAUCAGAAAGUUUUUGGGGUUGCGUCUCGAUGAGACGACUAGGAGACUUCUUUGGGCAGUUUCUUUGCAUCAUUUUCAUUGUGCUCCUGUCGAUGUAUUUUGAUGGACCGUCGGUGGAGAAUCCGUCAGAACCAAAGUUUGAUCUUCUUUUUGCCUUUUUGCCUUUUUUCUUACUUCUUUUUUUUGCUUUUCUCAGGGCUAUUAUUGAGUAUUACAAAACCCGUAAAAGGGCCUAUGCUUUUUUUCUUAUUUAUAUUCUUCUGGUUAUUAGUGUUCCCGUAGGUAUGUUUAUAUGGCAAUUUAGUCAUUACUACUUGGCAGUUUCCAAACGCAGCAGCAUGGUACAUGUAUCGUUGAUUCAGACAUGCUUUGCAAUUCCCGUUUUUAUUUUGUUUUUCUUUUUUUGCGUCACACUCUCUUCAUUCACGUUACUUGUUUCUUGCUGA